CCAUAUAUAUAAAGAGGGAGCUUCAUCACUGAGAUAUUGGAGCAACAGACAAGUAGGUAGCCCUCGGUCAUUUUGCACAGAGAAAGAAGACAAUGGCCAGCAUGCCCAGCCUUCCUCUGCUCCUGCUCCUUCUCUGGGGUAUGGGGUCUCAUGGUUUCCCAGCGGCUUCAAAAACACAAGAGCAAGAUGUGGAGAUGGUCCAGAAAUACCUGGAAAAUUACUACAACCUGAAGAAUGAUGGGGAUCAAAUUGAAAGGCAGAAAAAGAGCAGCCCAGUCGUUGAAAAGCUGAAGCAAAUGCAGGAAUUCUUUGGGCUGAAGAUUACUGGGAAGCCAGAUGCUGAAACCCUGAAUGUGAUGAAGCAGCCCAGAUGCGGGGUGCCCGAUAUGGCUCAGUUUGUCCUCACCGACGGGAAUCCUCGGUGGGAGAAAACACACCUGACCUACAGGAUUGAAAAUUACACACCAGAUUUGCCUCAAGCAGAUGUGGACAGUGCAAUUGAGAAAGCCUUUCAACUCUGGAGUGAUGUCACACCCCUGAAGUUCACCAAAGUCUUUGAGGAUCAAGCAGACAUAAUGAUAUCCUUUGUUUGGGGAGAUCAUCGUGACAAUUCUCCCUUUGAUGGACCUGGAGGAAAUCUUGCUCAUGCUUUUCAACCAGGCCCAGGUAUCGGAGGGGAUGUUCAUUUUGAUGAAGAUGAAGGGUGGACCAACAAUUUAAGAAAUUACAACUUGUAUCGUGUUGCGGCUCAUGAAUUGGGCCAUUCCCUUGGACUGUCUCAUUCUACUGAUAUUGGGGCUUUAAUGUACCCAAACUACUUCUUCACUGGUGAUGUUCAGCUAUCUCAGGAUGACGUCAAUGGCAUCCAGGCCAUCUAUGGACCUUCCUCAAAUCCCAACAAGCCAAUAGCCCCACAAACCCCACAAGCAUGCGACAGUAAGCUUACCUUUGAUGCUAUAACUACGAUUCGAGGAGAAGUGAUGUUCUUUAAAGACAAGUUCUACAUGCGCAUAAAUCCCUUCUACCCGGAAGUUGAGCUCAAUUUCAUUUCUGUUUUCUGGCCCCAUCUGCCAAAUACACUUGAAGCUGCUUAUGAAGUUGCUAAUAGAGAUGAAAUCCGGUUUUUCAAAGGUAGUAAGUACUGGGCUGCUCGGGGACAGAAUGUGCUACGUGGAUACCCCAAGGACAUCUACACAUCCUUUGGCUUCCCUAAAACUGUGAAGAAUAUUGAUGCCGCUGUUUCUGAAGAAGACACUGGAAAAACAUACUUCUUUGUUGCUAACAAGUACUGGAGGUAUGAUGAAUAUAAACGAUCCAUGGAUGCAGGUUAUCCCAAAAUAAUAGCUCAUGACUUUCCUGGAAUUGGCCACAAAGUUGAUGCUGUUUUCAAGAAAGAUGGAUUUUUCUAUUUCUUCCAAGGAACGAGGCAAUACAAAUAUGAUCCUAAAAACAGGCGAAUUUUGACUCUCCUGAAAGCUAAUAGCUGGUUCAACUGCUGAAAGAAUUGACCAGUUGUUGAAUGAAAAAGUAUAUUUUGUGACCCCAGGGAAGAAGGCGUUUUUGUGAAGAGCUGCGUACCUUCAGUAUUUAAUGCAACCUCAGGGAUUACUGAUGCACAGUUAUUAUGUAUAAGUUUAUUGGCAUACAUUUUGUAUGUUAGAAUGUAAUGUGUUCUGCACUGAUAUAAUUUAGUUACACAAUGAGGACUAAGGAAGGUCAAGUUCAUGACUUGUAGAUUCAUAAGGGCUAAUGGAUUUUGCAAAGAGAGAAGGUCUUCCCCACAGUAUAAGACUGGCUUAAUCCUGAACUGCAGUCUCAGGGGUGAACACUUCCUCCCAAGAGAGAAAGAGACAAGAGACACCAGUCUCCACAAUCUCCAGAGGAAAGCUACUUCAAGGACAUAUGGCCAGUCAUUAGGAUCAUUCUGACGUGCAAGGGACAACUCUUUUUACAGGAAAUAAAGUAUUUUAUAUCUGGAAUAACACCAUCCUUGUCUCUUCUGCUUUAUAAACAUCCUCUUACAUUUUAAGUUGCUACUUCCUAAAUUAUAAAGCCACUUGAUUAAUUUUCAGAUCUGAAAUGGGAAGUACACAGAUACACAAAACACUUAUGUGGGAAGUUAGAAUAUACAAAAAGCUCAAACAUUCUCCAUUCUCAGAGUUUAUG